AAUCUCAAUAGCAUUCCAGCUGCUCCGCAACACUCACACACUCUCCCACUCCAAAUAUUCACAGAAAUGAGAACCCACCGCACUAACUCCAAGAAUGUCUAGACCCUUCAUUCUCCUCCUCUUCCUCUGCUUCUCCCUCACCUUCUCCGCCCCCAUUACUUACCCGCCGCCGACCAACCUCCUCCUCCCCAGCGACGCUGUUUAUCUCCUUUCCUUCAAGGCCAAAGCCGACCUCGGCAACAAGCUUCUUUUCGCUCUCAACGAGCGCUUCGACUACUGCCAGUGGCAGGGCGUUAAGUGCGCCCAGGGCCGCGUCGUUCGUGUCGUCCUUCCCAGUUUCGGCCUCCGCGGUACCUUUCCCGCCAACUCUCUCUCCCGACUCGACCAGUUACGUGCUCUUAGUCUCCGUAACAACUCCCUCUCUGGCCCCAUCCCUGACCUGUCCUCUCUUUUCAAUCUUAAAUCUCUGUUUCUGGACCAGAACAGUUUCUCUGGAACUUUUCCUUCGUCGAUUCUGCUUCUCCACCGCUUAACUUCUCUUGAUCUUUCGUUUAAUAAUUUGACCGGUCGGAUUCCCGCGGAGUUAGCCGGAUUGGCUAGAUUGAACUCGCUCCGGCUGGAAUGGAACCAGUUUAACGGAACAGUGCCGCCGCUGAACCAGUCUUUUCUGGUUAUUUUCAAUGUUUCGGGGAACAAUCUCACCGGACUGAUACCGGUAACCACUACUUUGUCGCGGUUCAAUUCGACGGCGUUCUCAUUGAACCCCGGUUUGUGCGGCGAGAUCAUCAAUAAGGUGUGCCCUUCGCGUGCUCCGUUCUUCGGACCACCCAAUGAUUCAUCUUCCCCUGCCGCGCCGUCCGGGCAAAAUGUGCAGUCGCAAGGCGGCGGCGGCAUCAUGGUUAUUUCUGCGCCGUCACCGAAGAAGAAUCAAAAGAAGACCGGCGUGAUUCUUGGAUUUACGAUCGGCGUUGCUGUACUAGUCGCUUCCGUUUUGUUAGCCCUGGCUUUUCUGAGGAAACGGAGCAGUAAACCAGAUUCAAAAGAAGCGAAGCCGCCAUCUCUUGCGGCUUCUGAUCCUUAUCAAACAAAUUCAAGAAUGGAAUCUCAAAUUGAAGAGAACAAGAACAAGGAAUUUCAAGUCAAAGCGAGCACGACCGAAGCACCAGAGGUUCACAAAGCGCGAAAGAGUGGGAAUCUGGUGUUUUCCACCGGAGAAGCGGAGGUCUACACGCUGGAGCAGCUAAUGAGAGCUUCCGCCGAACUACUAGGAAGGGGAACCAUAGGGACUACAUACAAGGCAGUGCUGGAUAACCGGCUGGUUCUGACGGUGAAGAGACUCGACGCCGGUAAGACGGCGAUCACUAGCAGUGAAGAGUUUGAGCAACACAUGGAUACCGUCGGCGCGUUCCGGCACCCUAAUUUGGUACAAAUUAGAGCUUAUUUUCAGUCUAAAGGAGAGCGGCUCGUUAUCUACGAUUAUCAACCAAACGGCAGUCUCUUCAACCUCAUUCACGGUUCAAGAUCAACGAGGGCGAAACCUUUGCAUUGGACAUCCUGUUUGAAGAUAGCAGAAGAUGUAGCACAAGGCCUUGCUUACAUCCACCAGGCAUCAAAGCUUGUCCAUGGCAACCUGAAAUCCUCCAACGUGCUCCUCGGGGCUGAUUUUGAGGCCUGUCUCACGGACUACUGCCUAGCUGUCCUCGCCAACUCUUCUUCUGUUGAAGAUCCUGACUCUGCCGCCUAUAGAGCCCCAGAGGCACGCAAGUCCAGCCGCAGAGCCACCCCGAAGUCCGACGUUUAUGCUUUUGGCGUUCUCUUAUUAGAGCUUUUAACGGGUAGGCAUCCAUCGCAACAUCCAGUCCUUGUGCCCCAUGACUUGUUGGACUGGGUUAGAACUAUGAGAGAGGAUGGCAGUGGGGAUUAUAACCGGCUUGGAAUGCUCACCGAGGUUGCCAGUGUUUGCAGUCUAACAUCACCGGAACAGAGGCCGGCAAUGUGGCAAGUGCUAAAGAUGAUACAAGAGAUAAAGGAGAGAGCAUUGAUGGAGGAGAGCGCAAUAGUUGGGUAUUCAUAGCAUUUUGUCAAAAAUUAACGUGCUACCGAUUCAAGAAUGGCAUACCUUUUUCCCGAUUUAGCUUUUGGCUACGACCCAGAUGCAUAGAAGAGAAGUGAAUUAGAGGACUUCUUCAACUUUUUAAGUUCUUUUCUGUGGCCAACUUUUCAAACCAUGUGUUCAAGAAAAAGGAAAAAAGGGAAAACUAUUAUAGCAGAAACAACUGUUAAGAGUCUGAGAACAGAUUAGCAGCUUCAAUAAAAUAACAAUAUUAUA